AGAUCUCAGACAAUCGGUGAAAUUCGAGUAAGUCGGUUCUGAUCUCGAGUAGUUUGCUCAUUUGGCGAUAAAUAUGCGCACGUCGUCAUUUAUCAACAACAAGGGGAUGGCAUCGUGCGCGUAAAUUAUUCGGGAACCGGAAAUCCGCGCAGUGCAGGCGUUCGAUAAAAAUCGUUCAGUGAGGCGCGAAACAAGCUGGUGGACAUUCUGUGAAAUAUCGUUGAAAUGGCUUUCGACUCCGAAAUGGAGGCCGUCACUGCUCAUCUGACACGCACUAAAGACCCAGUGAUCAUUGCCGUCGGACAGAAACAACAGCGCAGCGACAUUAACUCGAACACCCCGCUGACGAGGGUGUACACCAGGAGAUGGCUCGUUCUUUUCAUUUUCAUAUUAUUCACCUCAUCCAACAUCAGCCAGUGGGUUCAGUACAGUAUCAUCAGCAACAUCAUUGAGAGGUAUUACAAUGUUUCGACUAUCGCCGUGGAUUGGACAUCUCUACUCUUUAUGUUGGCUUACAUUCCUCUGGUGUUCCCAAUAUCUUACAUGAUGGAUAGAAUUGGUCUACGCUGGACCAUAAUUGUUGGGUGUCUGCUCACUGCACUCGGAUCCUGGAUUAAAGUCUUUUCGAUACCACGCGACCGAUUCUACGUGACAUUCAUCGGGCAAUCGCUGGUUGCCAGUACGCAGGUGAUCGUGCUGAAUGUACCCGGCCGCCUUGCCGCUAACUGGUUUGGAUCGAGCCAAGUAUCAACAGCCACGUCCAUGGGUCUGUUUGGAUUUCAAUUGGGUAUCGCAGGCAGCUUUUUACUGACGCCAAUAGUUGUGAGGAACCAUGAUGAUUUGGAUGAUAUUGGCGACGAUCUGUCGCGGUUAUUUUGGUUCUUCGCUGUUUACUCAACUGUCGCACUGAUCACCGCGAUCGUCUUUUUAAGAGAUGAGCCUCCUCUACCACCCAGCGAGACUCGCCGUCUUCAAAAAUUGAAUAUAUCUGAAAAUUCAGAUGGUUUUUUACCCUUGAUGAAAAGGCUUCUGUCGAAUAGAAGUUACCUCGCGUUGUGCCACUCUUUCGGCAUAAACAUCGGCGUCCUGAAUUCUAUCGCAACACUUCUCAACCAAAUGUACCUAAUACAUUUUGAGCAUGGAGAAAAAGAGGCGGGACAAAUCGGAUUGGCAAUCGUCAUCAUGGGGCUAAUCAGUUCUCCAAUAUUUGGUUACAUACUUGACAAAACACACAAGUUCAAAUUGACGAUAAGUGCGGUAUACGCACUCUCUUUGCUGGGACAAAUACUCUUCGCAGUUUCACUGGUUAUGGAGAUAAAGUGGAUGGUUUACGUUUCAGCCACAUUCCUUGGAUUUUUCAUAACUAGCUACUUCGCCGUGGGGUACGAAGUCUGCGCAGAAUACACGUAUCCAGAACCAGAAGGAGUUGCUACCGCAUUUCUAAAUGUCACUAAUCAAAUCUAUGGCAUCGCUAUAGUAUUAAUAUUUGGGAAGGUAAUCGAUAUCUUUGGUGAUCUAUGGGCGCACCUGGUGAUCGGGCUUUUCCUCUUCAUGGGACUGAUUACCACUCUUUGUACGAAAGACCUGCAGAAGCGACAGAAUGCCAGGCAAAGUGCGCAUUACAAAGAAGUUCCAAUGAGCAAUACAAGUUUUCAAGACGAAAAACAAAUUAUUUAAUAAGUUGCACUUAUUUAGCGGUAUGUAGGGCUCACUUUGAUCGAUUUGAUAUAAUAGGACUAUACGAGUAGUUUUAAUUCUAAGCCGAACGCUGACGUUGUCAAACUGUAACCAAAGAUUGUUUUUUAUUUUAAUCAUUUAAGUAGUAUGUGUAUUAAGUCAUUUAUAUAGCGUACUCAGUUUGUUCAUGAAAAAUUGUUUUUUGUCUGCGCCAUCAUUAGUGAUAUGUUAUCAUAUCUUUUUGUGGAAAAACAUACUGCAGUGAUUGCGGAAGUCGACGUGUCUAAUGUGUUUUGUGCUAUAAAAGUCAUAUUUGUGAGAUCUUUAAUCACAUUUAAAAAUUUUUCCAUGUAUAAAUUUGUAUAAAACACUCAUCGCAAUCACUCUUAGCUAAUUGAAGUUGUCAUUCUCCUUUGUUCUUGAUUGUUUAGUCUUGAGAUAUAAAUUAACAGCACAUUCGAAGGUGCGUAUAAUCUAGUAUAAUGUAGGGUAAAACUGUACAUAUUUAUCGCUAAGUCAUAUUUUUAUGAAUUGUAUAUAUACCAACGGAAAUGUAUUUCCAAUAUUUCAAAGAUAUUAUCAUAAAUAAAAUUUGAUAACAAAACAUAAA